AUGGGCGGGGACGAGAGCUGUGACGACGACUUCCAGCCAACCCUGAUUCUUGGCAACGACACCCAGCAGGACGCGCACGGCGAUGGCGGCGGCGGCGGCAGCGGCGAUUGCGUUGCCGAUGCCCGGGGCGAUGGCGUCGAGAAGGCGCUGUCCGAUGGCACCACUGUGGAUGACGAAGAAGCCGGAGCUGGAGGCGUCCAGGACACGGCCUCGUCCAAGAUUCAGGAGCGCGACGAUGAAGUCCAACCGACCCUGAUUCUUGGGACGCAGCUGCUGGAGAGUCCCCAGUACGAGAGCACCCAGAUUUUUGGCCUGGAGCACGCAGGGCUGGAAAAUCCGGUGGAAGAGAAAAAAGCAAAGAGCUUGGCGUCGAUACGUGUGCAGUCGCUGCGUGGAUCAGCCAUGGCGGCUUACGAGAGGUUGGUAUCCAAGCUAGAGCCAGAGAAGGACCCACAGGGAAAAGUUGAAGUGGACGAUUCGGCCAAGUUUGUCUUGCAAUGGGGUAUGAAGCAGGCCAAGACUUCCACGAUUGCUUUCGACGUCUUCAAGCCAGCGCCAUCGCUUGUGGAAGAGAAUCUGGUGACUUCGAACGGUGGAGCCAGUUGCUCAGCGUCAACUCCCGUCUCUCAAACUCUCAAGAACAUCAGCCUUGUCCCGGCAUUGUGCUCGAACAACAAGAAGUCGACAGAGAACCGGGACAAAAAGUCGGACUCGGCUAGUCCUCGGCAGCAGGAGAAUUCUCUGGACAAAAUUCGAAAGGUCUUAUUCGAUGGGAAGAGUGUUCCAGGCGAAGAUUGCUGUCACCCUGUGCAACCUCUGAGUGCGAUCGUAGCUCCCGUGAGGGAGCUCAGCUAUCUUAAUUCUCAGGAUCCGGGAGAGGAGUCGCAGGCCAUUGCUCUUGAGGCGCUGGAACGGUUGGUUUCCACAAACGGCGAUUUCUCUCAAGAGGCUCAACUCGGUGACUUUGACGUGGAAAACAAGAAGAUGAACGUGCUCGCCUCUCGCAUCGUACAGCUCCAGCGGGACGACCCUUCUUCAGUAUAUGAUUUCGUAACGAGCCAGGAGGAUCCGCUCAUGAAAGCCGGGGGAGUGCCAGCAGCAGAAGGUGACCAGCCAGCGCAGGUUUUGGAUGAAGAAAAAGUCUCUGAGGCGCUUGAAGAACAGGGUAAAACGCCUCUUUCGGUGGCGAUGGGAAGUAAGCCGAGCACGAACAAACGGAAAACCGCGCCUCCACGUAGUACCGCUAGAGGUAAAAGGCGUAGAAAGGCUUCCCCAAGGCGCGCUGAUCAGGUAGUUUUUAGAGCACCGCAAGUAGAUCCACAGACUCCUAAAAGCACGAGUAACGAUGCCGUUUCUGCUGAAGCUGUAACGAAGGGCAGCAAGUCGACGGCUAGGAAGCGAAAGAGUGAGGCGGAGAAGCUGAUCAUAGCCGACGACACACCGAGAAGGAGCAGACGACGGCCAGUUAAAGUUCUGUUUAGUCACUCCCUCGGCAAGGAUACGAUCGAGGAGCAGAAGAAAGUGCUGAAGAAGCUCAAGUUCCAGGUCGUGGAAAAAGCUGCGGAAUGCACACACUUCAUCACGGACAGGUUCUUGAGAACAGCCAAUAUGCUGGAAGUCCUGGCUGCGGGAAAGCCCGUUGUGGAUUUGGCGUGGCUAGAGAGCUGCAGCGUGGCAGGGUGCGCGGUGGACGAGAAGAAAUUCAUCGUGGAUGACUCUAAAAAGGAGAAGGAGCUCGGGUUUUCUAUGCAUUCAACGUAUAUUUCUGCUCAGCAAAGGCUACUGUUGGAGGGAAUCCCAAUGCACAUAACUCCAAAUACGAAGCCACUGGACAUGGUGGAGUCCGUUGUAAAAGCUGCGGGAGGAAAGAUUGUCAAGAAGAACGAAGCCACUGGGGGUUGUCUAGUGAUCUCUUGCGAGGAGGAUCGAAAGCAUUGCUUACCACUUAUCAAGAAGGGGAUUAAGAUUUAUUCGACGGAGUUCCUGUUCAGCGGCGUGGUGAGCUAUCACCUCGAUUACUCGAAAAACCUCUUGUUUGCUGCUUAGCACGUCCUUGGAAGUGUACAGACGCGGUGCGAAGUUUUGGAAUGAGUUUGAAGUUUUCUCAAAAUGUCUAGGGGAGCAUUUGUUCAUUCACGGCAACGAUUGCUAGAGCUACGAGAACUGGAACGUUAUCUGCAAAACGUUGAUACUCCAAAGCUAAAGCUGGAGAAAAUCACUAGGGGCAUAUAAGGAACUCUUCACUUGGUGCCA